AGGUCGCCAUGGUAACCUGGUUUCACGUUCAGCUUUUAUUUUUAUUUCAUCUGCUUCGUCCUCUUCCUCUGAGACAAACUAAAUAAAAAUAAACACAAUAAAACACACGUGACCUUGACCAGGUGUAAAAUCCCGGCUCUCUGAUUGGCUGAGCUGCAGACAGGUGAAGAUGGCGGCGGCCGUGGCCACGAGUCUCCUGCUGGUUCUGAGCGGACUCUCUGUCGGUACCGACCCGGACCCGAACCUGGACCCGGACCGGGGCAGGAGGGAGCUGCAGCGCGUGCGGAGUCUCGCCGCUCAGCCUGGAUAUGGAACCUGUUGGUCGCGAGCUCUGCAGCACCUGGACACGCGCUGCAAGGACAUGACGUCAGAGAGCCAGAGCCGCGUGGCGCUCAUGUUCACCUACUGUCACCUGAGCAGCUCAGGCAGAGAUUUCCCAUCAUGCCCUGAGGGGUCAGAGGUCAGCAGGUGCACCCGGUCCAUGGACGCCGUGGCCUUCAACACCUACACAGAGUUCUUCACACACACUCACUCCAUCUGCCACUUCCUCCAGUCUGAGGCCUGGCAGAGCCGAGCGCAGAACACCAUGUACAGGCUGACGGAGAGCUCAGAGGGUGUAGCUGAGCAGCUCCAGUCCACCAGGCGGAUGGCUGAGGACCUGAUGGAGGCCCAGAGCGCUGCCUUACAGGUGCAGCAGGAGAUCCUGACCAACGGGGAGGAGCUGAGAGUCACCCUGAGAGACUCUACUGAGGGUGUGAGGGCGGUGUUCUCUGAGCUCAGCAGUGUCUCCAGGGAGCAGCAGGUGGCGCUGUCUGAACUCUUCAACAGAGUUUCCUUCCUGCAGAGUUUCCUGUUGAUGGAGGCCCACAGCCUGAGCUCCUGCUGCUACAACGCUGCCGCUCUCUGCACCUCCUUCCUCAUCACCUCCACCCAGCGCUCCUCCAGAGCCAGGUUGGUGUUGUUGAGUUUGGUGUGUUUGAAUUUCUACCUGGAGAGAAAGAUCUACGAGUUUGUGAUGAGUUCUGAUCAUCCUGAACAUCAGCACAUGGAGCUGCUGGUGGUCUACGUGUCCCGGCUGCGGUGGUCCUCACUGGCCGUUGGACUGUCCGUCCUGGUGCUGGUCUGUCUUCGCUACAGGGACCCGGUCCAGCAGAGUCUCCAGGUGCUGGAGCAGCUCAGAGAGACUCAGAGGAGCCUCCAGGAGGCGCUGCAGCACGCAGAGAGGAUAGGACAGCAGGCAAAGACGAAGAAGACGGAGGACACACGGCUUCACGUGGAGGGACAGAGGAGAAGGGAUGAGACGCUGAGGAGGACAAAGGACAAAGGACAAGAGGAGGAGGAGGAGGAGUCCAGCUGUCUGUCCCUGUGGACGGACCACUCUGACCUGUCUCACCUCUCAUUCCUUGGGUGGAGGACGGACAGUGUCCUCAGCAGCACCAUGAACUCCACUGUCACCUACGUUUCCCAGAAUGCAUCAGUCCAGAGUCCAGCCAGACAUCUCCCCCUGGUGUCCUCGUCGUCCCCUCUGGUCUACAGCGUCCCAGUGGAGGACAAACAGGACAAACAGCCUCGUUACAGCCUGAGGAGCAGACGUUCUGAGCGUCUUCAUCGUUGAGACGACGUCAACGUUUCUUUUUAUUUAAAACAGUUUUUUUCUAAAUGUCAAUAAAGUAUUUUUAGAUUUAAAA